AUGACCGUAGCGAGUAAUAAACCUAAGGAGUACCUCGACAUGAAUGGAAAAUGCAAACAAAAGACCACGACUACGGCUAAGGGUUCUGACCCCAGAUGUACUGGCAAUAAAUCAAGAAAAAACUGGCUAGAAUGUAAUGACUCCUUGGGUCCUAUUUCUGCUACGAGUCAAAAGCUAUUGAAAUUAACAAAUGGUUCGUAUAGGUGUGGUCCUUGUAGAGCGGGUUUCGUUGGCAACCAAACAGUCGGAUGUCAUCCCAAACACAUUGUUUGUCCGGAUUUAGGGACUAUAUGCGACAUCAAUGCUGAAUGCGCCUGCAUUUACAUUAAUGAUUAUGUUUGUCGAUGUCGUGUCGGAUGGGCUGGAGACGGACUAGUCUGUGGUAUAGAUAGAGAUAGUGAUGGGAUUCCAGAUAGGAAUCUUCGCUGCCUUGAUCGACGGUGUCAAAUGGAUAAUUGCCCAACAACACCAAAUAGUGGCCAAGAGGAUGCAGACCACGAUGGUAUAGGCGAUGCAUGCGAUCCAGAUGCUGACAACGAUGGCGAACCAAAUUCUUCAGACAACUGUCCUUUAGUUCCAAAUCCGGGUCAGGAAGAUACUGAUCUAGAGGGUCCAGAUUCAGUUGGGGAUGCUUGUGAUAACUGUCCGUUGGAUAAAAAUCCUAAACAGGAGGAUACAGAUUAUGAUGGCAUUGGUGACGCUUGUGACGACGAUAUUGAUGACGAUGGUAUCAGCAAUGAUGCAGACAACUGUCCUAGGAAGGAAAAUCAGAAUCAAGCAGAUACAGAUUUAGAUAGAAUAGGUGAUGCCUGUGAUAACUGUCCUUAUGUUCGUAACACAAAUCAAUUAGACCGAGAUGGUGACGGUGUGGGUGAUGACUGUGACAACGACAACGAUACAGACAGAGAUGGCAGGCAAGAUGAUAUGGAUAAUUGUCCUGAUAUAGCAAAUCCGGGACAAAAUGACGUUGAUCAUGAUGGCAAAGGAGAUGCGUGCGAUGAUGAUAUAGAUGGCGAUGGCAUAGAAAAUCAUCAAGAUAAUUGUCCUUUCGUAUACAAUCCAAGCCAACGAAAUACUCAUUAUAAAAAUGUUGGUGAUGCCUGUUGGAUGGAUAAUGAUAACGAUACAGUCAAAAAUAUAAACGACAACUGUCCCAAUAACAGCUUAAUAUGGACAACAGAUUUUAGAAAAUAUACAACAAUAGCUUUAGAUCCUGUUGGUACUGCUCAACAAGACCCUGAUUGGAGGAUACUCAAUGAAGGUGCUGAAAUCCAGCAGCUAGUGAACAGUGAUCCUGGAAUUGCUAUUGGUCCAGAUGUUUUCAGUGGCGUAGACUUUGAAGGGACAUUUUUUGUUGAUGACGAUGGCGACGAUGACUCAGUUGGUUUCGUCUUUUCAUAUCAAGAUAAUCAUAAGUUCUACAUUGUGUCUUGGAAGAAGGAACAACAACCAUACUGGAUGCCCACUCCGUUCAGAGCAGUAGGAGAUUCAGGAAUUUUUUUAAAACUUGUUGAUUCGAUCACUGGUCCUGGAGAAGUUUUGAGGAAUAGCCUUUGGCACAAUGAGGAUGUUCCUAAUGAGGUGAAGAUUCUUUGGCAUGAUCUGAAAAAAAUUGGCUGGAAAGAGAGGACUCCAUACAGGUGGCAAUUGUUACAUAGACCAAGAAUUGGACUAAUUAGAUUUCGACUUUACCAAGGCAAACAAAUAAUGGCCGAUUCUGGGAAUGUCUACGAUUCAACUUUGAAGGGUGGAAAACUUGGUGUUUAUUGUUUUUCACAAGAAAAGAUCACUUGGUCCAAUUUACUAUAUAUGUGCAAAGGUGAGAAUAAAAAUUGACGCUUA